AUGGAAGAUAAUCAAUUAGAUUUUACCUCUUUACCAAUAUUGGAUUAUAGUCUCGCUCAUAGUCUUAAAAAAAAUGAAUUUUUAUCUCAACUUCGUAAUGCACUUUUCCAUGUUGGUUUUCUAUAUAUCAAAAAUCAUCCGAUUCCUAAGGAACUUGUCACAAAAAUCAAAUCAUAUUCCAUUCAAUUGUUUGAUCUUCCAACUUCCGAAAAAUUACGAAUUGAAAUUUGUAAUUCACCACAUUUUCUUGGAUACAGUAAAUUAGAUGCAGAAAAGACUCAAGGUAUAGACGAUCAUCGUGAACAAUUUGAUUUUGGAGCAGAAGUUCCUUGUACUUGGAAAGAAGGAGAACCUAUAUAUAGAAGACUUAAAGGACCUAAUCAAUGGCCUGAUGAGAAAUAUAUUCCUGGUUUCAAAGAAAUCUUGUUGGAAUAUAUUAAAAGAAUGUCUGAUUUUUCUUUAGAAUUUAUACAACUGAUAGCAUCAAGUUUGAGUCUCCCUCCUGAUUCUUUAAAUAAAUUUCUAGACCCAUAUGAUAAACAGAUGAAUCGUUUAAAGAUUGUUAAAUAUCCACCAUUAAAUACAUUAACUUUGGGUUCAGAUGGUAUUGUACAAGGCGUUGGUCCUCAUAAAGAUCCUUGGUUAACAUUUCUUCUUCAAGUUAAUGAUGUAUGGGGUUUACAAGUUCAAAACCAUAAAGGUGAUUGGAUAGAUGUUCCACCAAUUGAAGGAACAUUUGUUGUGAAUAUUGGGUUAGGAAUUGAAGCCGUUACUAGAGGGGUAGCUGUGGCCACAACACAUAGAGUUAUCAAUCCACCUCCGGGUUUAAUUCCAAGAAUAAGCAUACCUUUCUUUCAAAUGAUAUCUUAUGAUACAAUGCUUGAACCAUUGGACGUUCCAGAAGAUAUAAUUCGACAGGCACCAACAUCUGUCGUAUCUGAUGCUGAUACAGUUUAUCAUGAGCGUUUCUAUAAAAAUGUUGGUAAUGCACAAAUUUUAAAUCGUCUUAGUUCACAUCCCGAUGCAGGUAAACGUCAUUACCCUGAAUUGUUUGCCGAAUUAGAAAACAAGAAUUGA